AUGAUAAACACCCUGAAAAUGUCUAAGAGCAUUAUACACAUAUUCUAAAUGAGUUAGAAUACAUAGUAGGACCACAAUCAUUUACACAUUAAGCACCAUUUAAAAAGUAAGGAGUUGCACAAGAAAGGCAAUUUUAACUUGGGGCUGCUUCACAUGUAUUACAAGUUGCAUUUCUGCAGGGCUAACAAGAAGGAGGAUUAUUAGCUAUGUAAUAGCCUGGAUUACAUUAACUUACACAUUAUCCAUUAAAUAAAUAAAAAUUAUUUUAGCACAAUGAGCAAGCUGAGGAUGUACAUUAAUCACAAUUUGCUAUUUUAGUAGAACAAAGUAUACAAAUAUUACUAGCUGGAUAGUAUUAAGAAUCACAAUUAGGUUGACAUAUAAAGCCUUACAGAUUCUAAUUAUUACCACACUUUUAGCAUUAGUUAGGAUCUUAUUAGCAUAAUUAGCAAUUAGGAUCAGUACAGCUAAUACACUUCCAUGUAUUCUAAUUCUAUUAUUACCCUAGAGGACAACUAUCUAAACACUAUUUUUGAUCUAUAGAUAAAUAUGAAUUUGACUCACAUACAUCACAUGAUGAAUUAUUACUACAUUUUACACAUUUAUUCAAACAUGGAUCACAUUUUUGAUUAGUUUUGUUUUAAAAUGUAUAAUCAGGGCAAUUAGCAAGGCAAGUAUUAUUAUAUAAAUAUGUGCCAUCUGGACAAGAUAAGCACUUGUUACUAUUUGAGGAAUCGCACGAUUAACAAGAAGUAUUAGAGCAAGGGGCACAAAUAGAUCCAUUCCAAUAUUAUUAUACUGGACAAACACAUUAGUUAGAGUUAUUUAGAGUAGCUCCUCCAUUGCAACUUGAACAGUUAUUUUAAGCUGUACAAUCACUGCAUAUAGACUAGCAACUAACACAUUUAGGAGGAAUACUUGUAGAAUCUCCAUAAUAUCCUAAUGGACAUGGAUUAUAACACUUCCCAUUUUAAAGGUAGUAAUUGUUUAAGCAAGUAGUGCAUGUUGAGGAUGUACAUAUAGAGCAAUUAGGAAUAAGCGAAGAGCAAAGUUAACAAAUAUUACUUACUGGCCAAUAAAAAGAAUCACAAUUUAUUUUACACACAAAUCCUUGUAAAUUAUAAGGAUUUUGACAUUGAGUACAUUAAUUUAUAUCAUUUUAACAUUGUAAGCAAUUAGGAUCUGCACAUUUAAUACAUUAAUUAUUAUUUGAAUUUUAUUACUAUCCAGCAGGGCAAUUACUUAAACAACUUUUUCCAUCAAUUUAUAGAUAAGUGUUUUGCAUACAAAUAUCACAAGAAGAAUUAUUAGAACAUUUUGAGCAAUUCGAAAUGCAAGGAUCACAAUAUUAUGUUUGAUCGUUUGGGAAAUAUUAUUUGGGACAAACUGGAACACAAUUAUUAUUAAUAAAGUAAGUGCUUGUUGGGCAAGUUAAACAUUUAUUACUAUCAGCUUUAUCACAAGUUUAGCAAGAUGUAUUUUGACAAGCAACACAACUAGAAUUUUACCAAUAUUAUUUGCUUGGGCAAACGCAUUAAUUUUGAGAGUCAAGAAAAGCUCCUCCAUAGCAAGAUUAACAAGUAUUUGAAGAUGCACAAGUUUAGCAAGUUGAUUAACAUGGUAAACAUGUAGAGUUAAAAAGAUAAUAACCAUUCAUACAUUAAGUACAUAUAUUUUAUGUCUACGCUUAACAUUAGAUGCAAGAAGCUUAAGUACACUAUGAUUGAAUAUUAAAAUUAUAUUAAAUUUUUAAAAUUAAAUUAUUUUAAAAAUAUUAUUAAUAAAAAAUAAAUAAUUAAUUUAUCAAUUUACACUGAAAGCAAAAAUUGA